AUGCCUGCGCCGGCAACCCCACAGCCCCGCCUGCGCCACGGCGCCACGGCGCUCCCGCUCCUCCUGACGGCUCUCGCCACCGCCCUCGCCUGCCACCACCUGCGUCCCCGCGACGCCACCUUCGCCUGGGACAGCCUCCAGCUCCUCCAGGCCCUGGCUCCCAGCCCGCCACAGCCCUGCCACCACCACCAGCACGCGCCCUUCUUCCCCGACACCCUCCUCCACACCAACCACCCACAGCAAGCCGCCGCCACCGCCCUCCACAUCCUCCAGCACCUCCUCACCACCCUCAGCAGCCCCAGCACCCCCCAACACUGGGACGACCAGGCACGCCACCUCCUCCUCAACCACCUCCAGCAUUACAUCCACCACCUGGAGCAAUGCCUGCCAGCCAGCGGGACACUCUUCGGAAGACGAGGGCCCCGCAACCGGCUGCUCACCAUCGCCAAAUACUUUGGACGCAUCCAGGACUUCCUGCACACCCACAACCACAGCGCCUGUGCCUGGGACCACGUCCGCCUCGAAGCUCGCGCCUGCUUCCAACAUGUGGACACGCUCAUACGGCAAAUGAAGAGCCAAGCCACUCCUGCCCUCCACCAAACCAACCCACGCCAAACACCCAUCCUCACCCAACGCUGGUGGCCACAGAUCAAGCAGAGGCAGCAGCAGCCCGGGCUGGGAUUGCCCAGCAAUGCUCACACCUCUUCCAGCCAGGAGCCUGCGCCAACGGGGAAACAGGCAUGA